AUGCAUUCUAUCUUCAUCCCCCCUACAACUUUUGCUGUUAAUUACGAUGAAGGUGUGUGUGGUUUCGCAUGGCCAACUGGAGCUUUGACCGUUGGUCUGUCUUCUUCAAUUGAGGGUCUUUUUGAUGCCAUUAUCUUUUUUGAGCAAAUGGGGAUAUUCAUCAGCUUCUCAAUAACCAAGUAA